AUGAAAGCUAAGCCACAUUCAGAAGAGCCCGAAGGUGGAAAAUUUAUUUUUACACAGAUAAAACAAAUAAAACUCAACACACCUCUUAUCAAACUGCCUUCGAUAAUAACAAACCACGAAAGCGUGGCAGUUUCUGCCCGCAAGACUUCUGCAUUCACUAACAAUAAAACUUUAAAAUCAAAACCUAUUGUUGAAAAAUCCAAUAAAAACCAACAUCAAAUACUUUAUAAUCAUUCUAUUCAACCUGUAAUAAUGACACCUGACGAUAACGGUAUCCUUCAACGUCCUCCUAAGAUUUGUGUUGACUAUCUUUCUCAUGAGUGGAAUAAAGAGGAUGAUCUUUGGACUUCUUGGCGAGUCAUGCUUAAAGACAGUGAUGUAACCUGGCUAUAUGGCCCCUUACAUACUGCUUGGCAUUCAGGACAUGAAACAAGUUGUCAAGAAUCUCCUACGAGCGAAGACGAAUUAAAUUUAAUGCCUUCUUCAGCACGUCACAAAUCAUACAAAUCAUGUUUGAAAAAGGAAAAAUCGUUUCCUGAAACUUUACGUCCAAAGGACACGAACCAUUUAAUUUCUAGUCACUCCGACACUCAAUUGUAUAAAAAACUUCAAAAAGUUGAUGAUAGUGAUGUUAGUGAUUGUGAUACUUCUUCUACUUGCUCUUCAAUAUCGGGUCCUUCUACUCCUUUAGCUGGUCCUACAAGAUCAUCUAUUUUACCUCCUGUCGCUGAAGAUAGUAUUGUACAACAACAUCACAUUCGUUUUAAUGACCAAGUUGAACAAUGUAUUGCUGUAGAUUCUGCUGAUGAAGAUGAAGAUCUUAACGAUUCUGAUCUUGAUAGUAGUAGCAGUGAUGAAGGUUUAGAGAUGAACAUUUCUUUAAAAAAGAAAAAAAGAGAUUGUUCAACUAUAUGUAAACUUGCUCCCACAAAAUUAAAAACCGAUUCUAUUAACUAUGGUGUAUAUUCAAGUAGUAAACGUUGUUCAACCACUACUACUUCAUCUACUUCUUCAUAUUCAACAACUCCGCCUUGGACAUUUGAUGACGAUGAUUUAGAUGUUGAUGAUAUUGACAUUGACAUGGGAUUUGAUUUAGGAAUAAUACAACCUUUACAAGGUGACUUUAAUGAACAAGGGAUUGUGGACAGAGCUGUAAACAUGGUUAAUAACGUUCGAGAAAUUGUAAAUUGGUGUUCUAGUAUGGUUUUUAAUAUUUAA